AUGUCAGCGAUAGGAAUUGACUUAGGGACUACAAACUCUUGCGUGGCAGUUUUCCGGAAUGGAAGGUCUGAAAUUAUCGCGAAUGAUCUUGGAAAUCGAGUUACUCCGUCCUAUGUCUCGUUCCCAGAGAAUGAAAGACUUGUUGGCGAAGCAGCUAAAGAAGAGGCGACGGAAUAUUUCGAGAAUACUCUUUACCAAAUUAAACGUUUGAUUGGACGAACAUAUGAUGACCCUUCGGUUCAAGCUGAUAUGAAAUUGUGGGGAUUCACCGUUAUAAACGAUGAUAACAAGCCUAAGAUAUCGGUUGUGCAUGGCCACAAAAGAAAUGUAUUCAGUCCAGAACAAAUAAGUGCGAUGGUUCUGGAAUAUAUGAAAAACGCAGCUGAGGCAUUCUUGGGUGAAACCGUAACUGAUGCAGUCAUUACAGUCCCUGCAUAUUUCAAUGAUGCCCAACGUAAAGCAACUGGUGAUGCUGGGGUAAUAGCAGGUCUCAACGUUAUUGGCAUGAUCAACGAACCAACUGCGGCCGCUGUGGCGUAUGGACUGGAUAGACUGAGCGAAAAUGAACGGAAUGUUCUCAUAUUUGAUCUUGGAGGAGGCACUUUCGAUGUUACCAUCGUGAAAAUUAAAGGCCACAAGUUUGACGUGAAAGCUACGGGUGGAGACACUCACUUGGGGGGUGAGGACUUUGAUAACAUACUUGUGGAAUAUUUUGUUUCGGAGUUCAAGAAACAACACGGUGACGAUAUAUCAGAAAAUAAAAGAGCAUUGCAUCGUCUCCGAGUGGCGUGUGAGGCAGCAAAAAGAAAAUUGUCUUCGUCUACAAAUGCUAAGGUUCAAGUCGAUGCUCUGCAUGGCGGAUACGAUUUUCGCAGCAGUAUUUCACGAGCAAAAUUCGAAAAUCUGAACCACAAUUUUUUUGAGAGAGUUCUUGAUACCGUGAAGAAUACUCUUUCUGAUUCUGGACUCAAAAGGGAAAACAUUGACGAUGUUGUUCUUGUCGGAGGCUCAACGCGAAUUCCAAAAAUUCAAGAAAUGUUGGAAAAGUAUUUUGACAACAUCGAGCUUAAAAGAACUAUCAAUCUCGACGAAGCAGUUGCUUAUGGUGCAGCCGUAUACGCGUCUGCACUUGGUUCUAUAAAAGAUCCUGUACUAAAGGAAUUCGCUCUUGAAGAUGUUAGUCCGCUUUCUAUUGGCAUCCAAAAUCAUGGAGGAACAAUGGCUUUUGCUAUUCCACGAAACACGAAGAUUCCAACCAAAGUAUGGAGAACCUGGUAUACCACGGAAGAUAACCAAGAAAGAGGGACAUUGAAGAUAUAUGAAGGUGAGCGCACUUUGGCCAAAGAUAAUCAUUUUCUUGGGGAAUUCACAAUAUCGGGAAUUCCACCCGCACCAAGGAGUGAGGGAAAAAUUGAAGUGGUUCUUGAAAUCAGCACGAGUGGAAUUCUCCAUGUCAAAGCGAUUGAGGAAAUCACUGAAAAUUCAAGUGAAAUAACGAUCGCAAGAGACAAAGGACGAUUGAGUAAGAGCGAGAUAAAACGAAUGGUACAGGAAGCAGAAAAGUUUAGAAAAAAGGACCAAGAGUUAAAACAGAGAAGUGACGCAAGAAAUGAGCUUGAAGAUUACGCGUACAGCGUAAAGGACGGACUGGAUCAAAAACAUCUAACAAGACAACAAAGAGAAUCAAUAAUGAGCAAAGUGACUGAAAUCCUUCAAUGGUUGGACAUAAACAAGAUAGAACCUCCGGAAAUGUCAGAAUUGGAAGCGAGGAAAAGGGAAUUUGAGAGGGCAGUUGAAUAAGUUGAUAAUAGAUAUACUUUCCAUUAUCUUGCAUAUGUACAUACUAAUGAUUACAAAAAGCUUAAUAUAGGACUCGUGGGUAUUCCGAAGCAAGCUAAUCGCGUAAACGAUUAAACACAUAUAGUAGUUUGUUUUCCAAAUUGU